UAGAUAUCAAUGAGGGUAGUUUUGUAAUUAUGCAACAAUUUGGGGAGGUUUGGGAUUUGAAGUAGAAAAGGACAUGGCUUAUUCUUUUGGCCUCAAAUUUUAAGAAGGCUGUAUUUUUUCUUUAUUUGGUGUCAAAUCUUUGAAAUUUUUCCAUCAAUGGCGAAUGCCCAGUUGCAGAAAUACGGGAUGCUAUCCAGGGAACAGUUGGUGUAUCUCUUUGAUCGAUUCUCUGUUCUUGUUUCCCAGCGCGAUGUUAAGAAGAGAAUUGUAGAAGCUGUGGAUGACAAGCAGGAACCUGUUGCAGUUACUACUGCAAUCCAGGAAGAGAUUUUUUUGGAGAUGGGGGUUGAUCCAGGUUUUGGUCUUGCAUGCCUGGGAAAGGUGAAUAUGACUUAUGAGAAUGAUCAGGAUCUGAUGAUUCGCUAUUACAGAUUUGUUGCCAAAGAGGAGUUAGCCUGUGAUGAAGCUGAGCUUGGACCUGAGGAAUUUGCUGAAAAGCUUGAUAUUCAACAAAAACUACAGGAACAGCAACUGGAGAUGCUCAAGUACAUGCGCAAAUUUCACCUGGAUGAUCAAUCUGCAAUCCUUGAGAAGUUACACAAUCAGAUGGAAGAUGCUAAUUUUGACAGUGAGGCGUCAAUUUUGUCAUCAGAGAAGAUUCAAGAGAUUGUUCGAAGGAGGGUGUCUCCUUUAUUCAGACCAAGAUUGAUGAACUAAGAAUCCAACAGUGUAAUGCUUCCUGCUUCAGUCUGCUCCAUCCUUGAAGUGAUACCAUGAUUUGUGAAUCUUCAAGUUCAUAGUCCAUUGCCACUGCCAGAAGGCUCUGUUUAACAUAAUCUACAUGAGUCCAGCUGUUGUCAUCCCAAGAACAAUUAGCGAAAUAUCCUGGUACAGAGAUGCCUUUGAGUGGGUUAUUGUUUUAAAGCAAAAACUGAUGAAGCUGUUUUCAUCUAAUCCUAUGUUUUUUUCAUUUUUAUCUUUGAGUGGGUUAUCAAUCACAGUGGUCUGUCAUGUGAAAAUACUUGAAUCUUACUGGAAUUUUAGAUUGAAUAUAAUAUGGCAUGCAUAUGUAGCAAUGACAUAUGUAAAGAUGGCAUGCAUAUUUGAA